AUGGACAGUGAUGGCUUAUCGAAUGAACAGACGGAAAAAGUAUUAAAAUUCCAGCACAUAACCGGUCUGGAGGAUAUUAAUGUAUGCCGGGACAUUCUGAUUCGUCAUCAGUGGGAUCUGGAGGUAGCUUUCCAGGAGCAUUUGAAUAUACGGGAGGGCGUCCAUCUGCGUACGCUUCUGAAUCCCGUGCGCCACAGUUGUAACCGACCCUUUGGGCGAUACCGCGCCUAUCCACUGCUUGUGAUUAUCGCUUUGAGGGCAAACAAAAUGGUCAUUAUGGGUCGCAUGGAGGGUCAUUGAAAUGGCGAAGAACUGAUACGACGCAUGGAAACCGUUGUCAAUGACAAUGAAGUUUGGCACAACCAAGCCCGCCAGGAUCGAUUGGAAAGAGAUCUCACACAAACACUGCGCCAACAGCAGGAUGAUGCAUACCAAAUGUCGCCACGCGCGGUCCAGGAGAAACAACGUCGGAAACAGAAGGAACUCGAAAAAGCUUUGGCGGCUCAACAGGCAAUCGAGGCCGACAAGCUAGCUGAGAUGCAGAGGUUGCAAAACAUCGAGAUGCUCAAAACGGAAUUAGCUUCUCAAGUGCCUUCCGAGCCAGAGCCGGGAGCACCCGGCACGAUCAGCAUAGUCUUCAAACUACCGAGUGGUUUGCGGUUAGAACGGAGAUUCCUUGCGUCCCACACCCCACAGGAUGUACAUAAUUUUAUUUUCUGCCAUCCGGAGGUAUCGGACUCGUUCGAAAUUACCACUAACUUUCCGAAGCGAGUAUUACAGUGUGCUCCAACAGAAGAUCCGUUGCCCACAUUAGUUGAGGCGGGUUUGAAAAACCGCGAAGUGCUGCUCGUAGCCGAUCUGAACGCAUAGAGUAAAAGAUGCAAAUAACGAUAUGUUGAGUGUGAGCAAAACAAUUAAGAUUUAAAAGAAUGGAUUUUGAGACUGGAUUGGAUAAACAUAGGGUUUGAAGAAGACAUACUUGCAGAGGAAAGGCAGCAAUUUUUGUUUGCCGGGAGUGAUGCUUUUUUCCCUUUUACAGAGAAGCUUUUUUUUUAUGGAAAACCCUUAGCAAGGUUCCAAAAUUUACAAAGUUGUCAAUAAUAAAGUAUAUAGAGGCGAAUGAACUUCAAAGUUUAAAGCCUCUUAAAAACAAAGAAAGAAAGAAUAAAACAACGCAUUUGAUGCCCUGAUGUUGUGAUUAUGUUGGUUUUGUGUUUUGGUUCUCUU